CCCUGAUUUAGGAGCUCUUCAAGUCUGAAGAGACACACAGAGGGUGACGUAACCCGCUUUACGUCACGGUCAGCUGUUCGAUGAGGAAGUAAACAACAGUCAACUGAACAGACAACACGACGGAGAAAGGACCGGCUCUCCAAAUGACGUCUCUGAUUUGCACUUUACAAGACCAUGGAGACGAUGUCAACUGGUGUGCAUUCACUGCCAAACUGUUAGCCACGUGUUCUGGGGACAAAACUGUCAGGAUAUACAACACCUGUGACUUCUCGGAGCUGCCCUUCUCACCACUGUCAGGACAUGGCUACAGCGUCCACUGCUGCUGCUUCAGCACCUGCGGACAGUUCCUCGCCUCAUGUUCGACUGAUGCAACAACACUGGUCUGGUCCAUGGACACGGGUGAGAUCGAGGCCGUCUUGGAGCAUCCUGGUCGCAGUCCUGUGAGGAUCUGCGCGCUCUCUCCUGACUCUGCCCACCUGGUUUCUGGUGCAUCUGAUGGGACUUUGGCUCUGUGGGAUUUCCCCUCCAAACAGCUGCGCAGGACCGGAGCAGUGAAUGACACGACACUGGUGGCCUGCUCCUUCAGCCCCUGCAGUCAGGUGUUCAUGACCGGCUCCACCUAUGGAGACCUGCGUCUGUGGGACCUGGACAUGAACCAGCUCCAUGCGGAGAAAAAUGCCCACGACCUGGGGGUCACCUGCUGCACCUUCGCUCCCACCAUCCUCAGUGGUGGUCAAGUUGUGCAGUUUCAUCUGGCAUCCUGUGGGCAAGACAGUCUCCUCAAGAUCUGGGCCAUUAACAAGUUCAACUCUGGAGCCUAUAAAAUGCAGCUCCUGCACACAUUAACUGGCCAGUCGGCUCCGGUCCUCUCCUGUGCGUACUCCUCAGAUGGGCAGCUGCUUGUGUCUGGCUCAGUGGACAAAACUGUUACAGUCUAUGAUGCUAAAAAUGCAGUUUUGCUUUACACACUGAACCAGCACGAGAGGUAUGUGACGGCAUGUUCCUUCUCUCCAACUUCACCACUAAUUGCUACAGGAUCUAUGGAUAAGACUGUAAACAUCUGGAGGCUGGAGGAUGAAUGCAGUGGCCAUGGUGGGAAGUCGUUGCCUGUUUCAGAGAAGUCUACUCUGACAUCAAGUGAAGGGAGAACGUCAGUGGGCCGAUCGAAGCUGCUGGUCAGCGAUUGGUCAGAAGUGGACGUGUCAGCGUGGCUGGUGGAGGAAGGCCUCGGGGGAUUGGUGGACAAAUUCACGGCCAACAACAUAGAUGGGACAGAGCUGCUCAGUCUCACCAAGGAAACACUGGCGUCAGAGCUGCACAUAGAGUCAGUAGGCCUGCGCAGUAAACUCUUGAGGAAGGUGGAGGAGCUGAAGAGUGAUUCAGUGUGUUCAGGCAUUCCUGAUGAGUUCCUUUGUCCAAUCACCAGAGAGCUGAUGAGGGAACCAGUCAUUGCUGCUGAUGGAUACUCAUAUGAAAGAGAGGCCAUAGAGAGCUGGAUCAACACCAAGAACCGCUCCAGCCCCAUGACCAACCUCCCCUUACUUACCACGCUGCUCACCCCUAACCACACCCUGAAGAUGGCUAUUGGCCGCUGGAAGACCAGCCACUAGCAUCCAAAAGAUCACUGACCCACAGUGCCCCAAAUAUUUUCCCUAAAGUAGACAGAAACCAGAAUACAGUGCUCACAAGGAUGCCACAGCAUUCCAAGAACAGGUGUGUCUGAUUUUAUUCAGUUUGAGGCAUCUGAACACUGUGGGAGUAGUUUCUUCAUUGGCACUCAUUUGUAAAGCUGCAAUUUUUGACCACCGGGGAGCAGAAAAGCAAAAUCGUAGCAGCUUAAAUGUACUUUCAGCUUAAAAAAAAAAAAAAAAAAAAAAAAAAAAAGCUCUUAAAAACCCACUGUACACUACCUGCUCAGCACCAAACAGUAGACAGACACAGUUAGCGACAAACUGAUGAACAUAGAGGAGCAUUUAGCAGCUAAAGAGCCAGAUAUUUCCCUCAGGAGUGCGUUAAUAUUGGAUUUACAUUUACAUUCAACAGGUGGCUAGAGACACAGCUCCAAAUGAAUAAUCCGUAACUGCUGCAUGUGUAAAUAAGCAACUGUUUGCUAACAAGUUGGCCAAAUCACCUUAAAACGUGAUGAUAUGUCAGUGUUGUGUUCACAACCUGUUUCCGCUGCCCCAAGUGGCCAAAAAAAUCAGUUAUUGCAGGUUUAAUAUUCACAAGCCUUACAUUUAAGGCUUGUCUGCCAACUCCUCAGAAACAUACCUUAGUACUCUUUGCCUUGCUAAAUGUUAGACUUUCUCAACUCAUUUACUUUAGCUUUAGAAAGCAAGCGAUUUGUUUCGGCUGAUAAUGACCAGUUUUCUGGUCUGUGCUGUACAGAAAACACAUAAUGAUAAAAAAAUAACAUGUCUGCAACACUGUAGGCUCCUAAUUAAAUAAAAAUUAUAAAGUGCACGUUUUGAUUACUUAAUCUUCAUCAAGUUCACAAUUUCUCUUGAUCUAGCUACCCACAGUACCUUAUACAGGUAGCUAUUUUGCUGAACAAAACGUUUUUAUUGAUACAUAUUACAUACAGACACUUCUGGACAAAGCACAGUGUUAAACACAGUGCUUUAUAAUGAAAAAAAAAAAAACUUUGAUUGGGAGGCCUUUAGUGUUGCGUGCAUUUUUUAUUUAUUACUUUUUAUUGACUGAUUAACCAAAAAAACGAUGAGCUGUAAGUGUCUGAAAGCUACAAAGAACUUCAGACUGGAGUGUUGAUUUGCAGUUGGAUCAGCAAUACUAACAACCCUUAGAAAUAUAGCUUAAUGGGGCUUUAAUUGAAAAUUAGUAAUGUUGGUUAUCACACUGAAAAGACUAUCGGCAGUUAAGCAUUACAUAUAUGUGUCUUAAGAUUGUCUGAACAUUGCAGGACCUUGCUUAUAGUUUAGGGUUGACUUCCCUGUACAAGCUAACAUCCGGCUUUUAAUGAAAUGAAUGACGAUAAUGAAAACAUUUCCGCAAUAUUCAGAAAUUGCAAUGUCCAUAUUUUUAUACAAGUAGUUUAUUCUGAUGGCUUGGUUAAAUGUCAGUUUAGAUAAGUUAGGUUGUACUGUGAAAUACCUUUUAUCCAUCCAUACACACUCUAAAGCUUAGGCAACAUUUUAUAGAUUAUACUGUGAAAGAAGUAGAAGUAGUAGUAGAAGAAAUGUAGUCCUCCAUUAAUAUUUUAUUAUACCACAAUAAUAAUGUGGUACCAUUCUGUAAUCCAUAGUAUGACUCUGAAAAGGGUAUAUGACAACUAUGGACAUACAGCAAUGUAAGAAGUCUCUUAAGAUUUGUUAUUAUUGACUGUUGCUUGUGUAAAUGAUCUCUCUGUGUCCAAACAAACCAAUAAGCACUUCAUAUGAAUAUGUCAUCUGCUAUGCAAAAAUAAAUAACAUAUACUGUGGAUAUUGAAGCAAUCCAUUAAAUAUUAGAUUAUGACAAGAAGUUUCCAACAAUGUCAUGUACAGUGCCGUUUUUUAUCAAAUGUACCAAGAAAAAGAAUCUCAAGUACACAAAGUAAUUUCUUUUGAAGCCUGUAAUGCUGACAGAUAACCACUUACAGGGCAAUAUAUAAUCUGCAAAUAUAGUGUACACCGUACAAAUAUAAAUAUUUUUUAAAAGACACUUGACAAUAGAAAUGGUCAUAUCCUGCAACUAACAGCAUGAGGUUGUUUUUAUAUUCGUGCACAAAGCUUUCUCUGACUUCUAUACUGUAUUUGAUAUAAUAAAGUUUAGACAAUAUACUA